UGCUUCAGUCAUAUCAUGAUGGCGGCGGCGGUGAGACGCACGCUCCUCCUCCUCUCCCUUUUCGCCCUUUGCUUCGCCGAUUCUCCCUUCGAUAGGAUCCUUGACGACGUCACGCCCUGCGAGGAGAGCUGUGCCACAUCUUACUCGCCCCACACUAAUCCUAGCAGUAGCAACAAUGAUGCCUGUGAGCGUGGCUGCCGAUUCUACACAAUCAGUGAAUUUGUCUCUGAUGGGCCAGGCCAUGGCAAUGCAGUGGACGGGAAGGAUGCAAAUCCUGUAAAGACGACAUGUUACAAUUCUUGUGUUGAGGCCUACAAUGAAACUUCAGACAGCACAGUUGCCUGCAAGGCUGGCUGUGAUGCCCAGGAACGAACAUCACAGGAUAAAACUAAAGAAGAAGAAGAGGAGGAGAAACCAACCCUUCACCUAUUAAAGCCACUAAUGCAGAUGCAAGCUGUCUACUCCUCAAUUGUUGGUGCUGUCCACAUUGUGCGCACAUCCCUCGUCACAUACUUUGUGAGCGAUGACAGCUCCAUUGUGGCUGUUGAGUCAGAGCCUGAGAUCAUGCUGGAAAUCUUGCCUGAGGGAGCAGAUGGAGACUCACCUAUGCAGGGACUUCAGGCCGAGCCCAGGCAGUUGAUGAGUGAUGAGGACUCCCAGGACCCAUCUGUGGUACGUUGUGUGUCUCGUCACCUUGGUGUUCCUCCUUACCUCCUCGUAGCUUCAGCUUUGGCCCUCGUCCUCUUUACGCUGUAUGUGAUCUUUGCCGUGUGCACAACUGCUAGUCCACCAAAGACAAAAACUUUCAAGAAUGGACUGAGUGUCCAGGCUGACCCACUACCUCUGCCCAUCAAACUGGUUCGUCCUGAAGACCUUACCAAGCUCAGUCUUAUGGAGGAGGAGGAGCAGCAAGCACCUCCUCUGCCCACCAAGGUCAAGCUACCCGACACCGACAUUUAGCCUCAUCCAUAGCAGCUACCUUUAGGGGUUUGCACUAUGGUUUUAAGCAUAUCAUUUCUUUGAACUUUUUUCUUCCUUUGCAUCUUUUAUAAUCUAAGAUACAACUGUCUUUUCACAUUUGGAGGAAUUCAUAACAGAAAGGUGAUAUUAAUUGAACGAGUCUCCUGUUCAUAAUUCACCAUUAGAAAUAACUGCAUUUCAGUCAUUCAUGUUUUACCAACACGUGUGGAUUGAGCUUAUAUCAGGUCUGUGAGCAGUAUCUCUUUUGUUGUUUAUUGGCUUUUGGAUGUUUUGUCCAUAUUGUAUAUAUUUGAGCACAGAGGGAAUAGGCAGUGAAUUACAGAUGUGGAAAAUAUCCAGCUAAUGUUCACAUAAUCAAAAGUCUCCAUAUUGUAAACAUGAACAUUCACUACUUGCUUUUUUGACAUACCUUUAUGAACCCUAAAUAUGUGCCUUUCCAUAUUAGAUAGUUUUCAGCAGUCAGGUUUUCAAAACUUGAAUACUCAAUCACACUCAAUGGUUCAAAACAUCCAAAAAAAUCCUCAAACCUCUAACUAAUGAGGCAUACCAACUAACCAUUUAUUGUCACUAGCUAUGUCUCAUGAUGUUAGGAGAGGUUUAAGUUUUUAGGCAAAACAGGGAAGAUAGUUCUGUCUUAGAUUGUACUUUCAUCCACUCACGUUUUUUUAGCUUUAAGAUUAGUUUCCUGUCUAGACUAUCUCCAGUGACAAAAUGUUCCCAGAGCUUGUAAGGAACCUCAAUACACCCUAUUUAAGCCUUAAAAAAAGCAAAACCUCCUUUAUAUCUUUUCCAAAGACAUAGUUGGCCGUUUGAAGAAUCAUUAACCAGCUAUGGCUGAUGAACGAUUUCCUCAGUUGUUGUAGAGAAAUGGUUAGGGAAAAGCUUUCUCAGAUUUACCUGUGUUGCUUGAUGACAUAUAAUCAUUGUUUGUUGUGUGUCAAAGUCUUUAUACAUUUAGAAACACUUGUGUGAUCAAAUAUACUAUCUUGUGAAAGCAUGAGAAUUGAUUCUGAAAAGUACUGCUUAACAAAACAGUACUGCAUUAGCAUUUUUAUCGUAUGGGAACCCUGAAGCACCUACAGCUUUUUCUUUUUUUGUACUUGGAAGUUCUGAGAUAAAAAAAAAAUUGAACAGGUUUCUACUUUUUCUUUUUCUUUUUUACUGUGCUCAUUGAUUAGAGAGAAAACAGUUUAUUUUCAUUUUUCAGUUAAGAGAAUCACCUUGAAAUUAUUAUCUGUAGCAUUUCAGAAUGUUUGUAGAAGGGAUAAAGAGAGAGUGAAUGAUAGAGAAAUUUAAAUAUUGCAAAAAAGAAUUCUCUGUACUUAAUUUUUUUCUUCAGGGUCUUUUCUCUAGCAUUUCUAGGGUAUGCCUUUUCCCCCUAAGCCAGUUUAUAUGUAGGUGCAAUAUUGACACCAUAUUUUGUAAGUUUGAUUAUGCCAAAACAAGUGUACUAGGGUAGGAUGCAGCUUUACAGUAUAUCCUAUUUACUUUUUCCUUUUUAUUAUUUUCUUUUCUUUUCUUUGUGAUUUAUAUGUAUAUCAGAUUUAUAUAUAUAUUUAUAAUACAUAUGUUGUGCCACAUUGUUUUUUUUUCUCUCUCUAAUCAUUAAUGAAAUCAUAUUAGUUUUGCAAAUACAGUAUGAUCUUGUAAUUCCAGGGGUUCAGUGGAUUUGCUAUUAAUAAAUAAUACAUAAUUU